AUGCAUCUUAUUUAUAACAUUUCAGGCCUCACAAUCAGUGAUCCACGAAUUUAUUCCGAUAUUCGAUUUUGUUUUGCUAUUAUUUUGAACUUCAUUACUUCAUCAGAACUUUCCGAACUAUCUAAAGAAAUCAAUCAGAUUCCAAACUUCUUUUCCAAGGUCGAACCAUUUUUAUCAGAUCUUAACUUAGUUCUUUUCACAACACUUAAAUUCAUCUCUGCCUUACAGGACAAGAGUUGUGAUUCUGACAAAUUCAUUACUGAUUUCUUCAAAAUCAUUGCAAUUCCUCAAUCCAUGUCCAACAACCAAAACAGCAGUAAUUUGAUCGAUGCAUUGACCAUCCAGAAGUUCAUGGUCGGUAUCAAACUUUUAACGACAGGCGGCACAGGUUCAUUCAACCGUUGGUGUGUUGAUAACAGCGAAGUAUUUAAUAACUCUAAGAAAAUCAUGGUUGAAGCAUGCAACGAAUACUUAUCUAUUCCAUACUCAGAUAUUGAUUUCAUUCCACUUGAUAAAUCAUACUCAAACAUUUCCAAUUUUACAAAUAUUUUGACCGAAAAACUUUCAGAAAUCCGAAUCACAUUUUCCUCCACUUUUUAUUACUUAUCAACAUUUAUCGAACACACCUAUCCAAAACAACAUGCGAUUUCUUGA